AUGGCAUCCGUCGCAGUCGCUUCUACCACAACCACUGAAUUCUUCACCAACCUCAAGACAUCCAUAGUCUCUCCACAACCUAAUACUCUCCACGACGUCAUCGCUCAAGCUGUCGACCGUUAUCCGUCCCACGAGCUUGCACCUUCAACCAAUAUGUUCGCAACCUCGCACGCUGCCAUGCUCGAGUGGGGCAAGCCCACCGGCUCAAUCGUCGUCGUGUAUCUGACGGAGCACGAAGACAAUAUGGCAGCUGUAUGGGCAUGUCUGCUGGCUGGCUAUGUGCCUUGCUUGCAGCCUGCACUUAGCGCGCAACAGGCCCACAAGGAGGGCCAUGUCGCCCACAUCAAGAACUUGUUUGGAUCUGCUAUCUGGCUGACCAACGAACUUGGGGCCGAGCAGAUCAGCACCAUUUCUGGUCUGGAGGUGCACCUACUCUCCGAAUUAAAGGCGUCGGCGGAGACAUUCAACGUCUCAGCUGAUUGGGUUGCAUACGAGGCCAAGGCAGACGACGAGGCGAUCCUGUUCUUGACGUCAGGGUCGACCGGAUUCUCCAAGGCAGUCGUGCACACGCACCGCACUAUUAUUGCUGCAUGCCGUGCUAAGGGCAAAAGCUACGGCCUGACUUCUGACUCUCGAGUCUUGAACUGGGUCGGAUUUGAUCACGUUGCAGGAUCAUUGGAAAUGCACAUCACGCCUCUACUAUAUGGCGCCUCGCAACUCCACGUGCACGCAUCUGCUAUCCUUGCUGAUCCUCUUCGGCUGCUCCGAUUGAUCGACGAAAAGUCGAUCGAACUGAGUUUCGCCCCGAACUUCUUGCUAUCCAAGCUCACGCGCGAUCUGGAGAAGCGCACCGACCUUUUCGGAACUUUCGACCUGUCAUCCAUCAAGCGGAUCAACAGCGGAGGCGAAGCUGUCGUUUCCAAGACGGCGAAAGCGUUCUCUGCCACCAUGAAGCAGCUCAGCAAGAACCCGUCCUGCUGUAUCGUUCGACAUCUCUCCUGGAUUCGGAAUGACAGAAACUUGGUAAGACUCAUGAAACCAUAUAGGGUAUAUAAAGAAACUGACUGGGGAUUCUGCAGCGCUGGAUGCAUUUACCAUCCCGUAGAUGUGCUCACAAGCGAGCCUGCUCAUGAAUUCCUUGAUCUCGGGAGACCCAUCGAUGGUUGCGAGAUGCGCAUCGUUGACCCCGCAGAUGGCUUGACCCUGCGCCCCGACGGGGAGAGCGGCGAGCUCCAGGUUCGCGGACCGAUGGUCUUCGUACGCUACUACAACAACGCAGAGGCUACGUCGUCCAGCUUCGUCGAGGGCGGCUGGUACCGCACCGGCGACGUCGGCAUCAUCGAGAAUGGGAUCAUGCGCCUCAGCGGUCGCAUCAAGGACACCGUCAUCGUCCACGGUGUCUCGUACGGCAUCCCUGAGCUCGAGACUCACCUCCAGACCGUAGAAGGAGUGACUCACUCGUUCCUCGGCGCAGCUCCGUACCGUGCUCCUGGUCAGGAGACGGAAGGGUUCAUCAUCUUCUACUCGCCAACCUUCGACCUCGAUGGAGCAGACGCUUCGUCAAAGCUGUUCGCCACUCACCGUGCCCUUCGGGACAUCUGCGUGAAAAUGAUCACGCUGCCGCCUCAGUUGAUCGUUCCUAUCCCUGUGAACCAGAUGGAGAAGACCACUCUCGGUAAACUAUCUCGUGCGCGUUUGAUCAGUCUGUUCAAGCAAGGCCAGCUCGCCAAGCACAUCGCUCGCUCGGAGGAGCUUCUGAGCGAGGCCCGUGGGGCUACGUUCGUCGCGCCGUCAACGGAGACGGAGAAAGCGCUUUCCAAGAUAUAUGCUGGGAUCUUCAACCUCGCAGAAAGCGAGAUGUCGGCCAGCGACAACUUCUUCGAACUCGGCGGUACUUCCAUUGAUGUCAUCAGACUUAAGCGCGAGGGAGAGGCACACUUCGACCUUCCUGAAAUCCCCACCAUCCAGAUCCUUAAGCACCCCGUGAUCUCGAGCCUCGCCAACUAUGUCGACUCCCUGCUCUCCAAGGACAGCCAGACUGAAGAGUACGACCCCAUCGUUCCCCUUCAGCUGACCGGAAACAAAACCCCGAUCUUCUUCGUUCACCCCGGUGUCGGAGAGGUCCUGAUUUUCGUCAACCUCGCGAAAUACUUCCAGAACGAGCGUCCGUUCUACGCUCUCCGUGCUCGUGGCUUCGAGCCCGGCCACCCCUUCUUCACCUCUAUGGACGAGAUGGUGUCAUGCUACGCUACGGCAGUCAAGAGGACCCAGGCAACUGGGCCAUACGCCAUCGCGGGCUACAGUUACGGCGGUGUCGUCGCGUUCGAAGUUGCCAAGCGACUCGAGGCAAUGGGCGAGGAAGUGAAAUUUGUUGGUCUGAUCAACAUCCCUCCUCAUAUCGCGGACCGCAUGCACGAGAUCGACUGGACGGGCGGCAUGCUCAACUUGUCGUACUUCCUCGGUCUCGUGUCGAAGCAUGAUGCCAAUGAUCUCGCACCCGCUCUGAGGCCGAUGACGAGGAAGGAGCAGCUGGAGGUUGUGUGGAAGCUGUCUCCUCCUGACCGUCUCGUUGAGCUCCAGCUUACUCCUGAGAAGCUGGACCACUGGGUUGACAUCGCGGGGUCCCUGAUCGAGUGCGGGAAGGACUACAACCCAUCAGGCUCAGUUUCUGCUACAGACGUUUUCUAUGCUAUUCCUCUGCGCGGCAGCAAGUCAGACUGGCUCAACAACCAGCUCAAGCCAUGGUCUGGGUUCAGUCGUGGCGAGCCGUCAUAUACGGAUGUGCCAGGGCAACACUACACGCUGAUGGACUUUGACCAUGUCCCACAAUUCCAGAAGAUCUUCCGUGGUCGUCUCGAGGCCCGUGGCCUGUAA